UCUGCCAGUACUGUCAAAAUUUUCGUUCCAUGUUUAUAACUUAAGAAAAACCAAGAAAAUAUUAAUUCAAGAUGUCAAGCCCCGACACUGAGAAGAAAAUCUUCACUGCAAUCGAAUCCGGAGACGCCGUUUUACUCCGAACCGUGUUAGCCGACCGGCCAGAUGUAAACAUACUCGACGAAAAUGCAAUGACACCGUUGCAACAUGCGGCUUAUAAAGGCAACAAGGACAUGGUUCAAAUGCUUCUCGACUACGGGGCUGACCCUAACCUCUGCAAACAUCAACACAAUUACACAGCUUUGCAUUUCGCUGGUCUUUCGGGAAAUUUCGAAGUGUGUUUGGCGUUACUCGUGGCCGGGGCUCAUCCCGAAGUCACCAAUGCAGUCAAUCGGACGGCGUCCCAAAUGGCAGCUUUUGUGGGCCACCACAAGUGCGUCGCAAUAAUCAACAAUUACAUCCCCAAGUCGGAAGUGGACUAUUACACUGUUGUACAGGGGGUCCAGACUGAACCCUACUUACCCCCCUUCCUCUCCGAAAGUUUCCAUAAACUAAUAAUACAAGUUAACGUACAUCCUGUCAAAAUCGCUUUAAAUAUCAAUAGUUUUAUAGGCUUAUCUCAACACUUGCAGAAAGUCAAAAAAGUGUUAGAAUUGAUGUAUGAUAAGGAAAUGAAACGAGGGGCCGGAAAUAAUGAAGUCAUGGCAUUUAAAUUGUAUUACCUUGCGUAUAUAGUAGGCGAGAUUAUGACGAUUCAAAACAAACAAGAAUCGCCAGAUGCUACUUUGCAGACUUUUUGCAAAAAAGUACUAAAACCAGGCACUGAUGGCGCUCUUGACAUCCUUGAUGCUUUAUUAAGAGAGUGCAUUAAGCAUUUUCCCUACAGAGAGUGCACUUUAUUUCGUCAAAUGGUCUCAACUUUGACUGGAAAAGACACACCAACAGCUCUUAGUGUUAUCAAUUCGGCCAUAAAUGGCCAGAGGGGUUUUGUUGAUAACGUCCCGAUUUGUUAUACUUGUGGGGAGGAGAAACCUGGUAAGAAGUGUUCGCAAUGUAAGGUAGCACAGUAUUGUGAUAAGACAUGCCAAAAGUUGCACUGGCAUUGGCAUAAGAAAGCUUGUCCUCAACUGGCUCAAGAACCUCUGAAGUGUAACGACGCACAGUCGACGACUGUUGACCCCCAGGAAUUAUCUUCAGAAAUCCAGAAUCUUUUAGUUACAAAUUAGUUUAAACAAUGUAGUGUGUUACUCAAUAAAAUGAAAAUAAU